UGUCUUGUUACUUGUAGAUGUCAGAAAUCAGAAUAUUCUAGAUUUCAUCAUAAAUUUUCUGAAUUCUCAAGUCUCAAUAAGCGGUGUCGUUAACGAAUACCGGCUAAUAUCUUGAUACUUUAAUUACUGUUUGACAAUAGUUUAAAAUGGCCGCAUCAAUGAAACGCCUUAUCCCUCUUUUGGACCGUGUUCUCAUUAAAAGGGCUGAAGCAAUACAAAAAACGGCUGGAGGUAUCGUUAUUCCAGAAAAAGCACAAACAAAAGUUCUGCAUGGAGAAGUUGUUGCAGUAGGUCCAGGAGCCAGAAAAGAAAAUGGAGAAUUCAUCCCAGUUCUUGUGAAAAUUGGAGACCGAGUCCUAUUGCCGGAGUAUGGUGGAACCAAAGUAAGCCUGGAGAAUGAUGAGAAAGAAUAUCACCUGUUCAGAGAAUCUGAUAUCUUGGCCAAGAUCGAAAAUUAAUUUAGUUUACUAUUGAAAUUAUAUUUAGUUAGUUAUGAAACAUAAAACAUUGUAGUGUGUGUAUGCUGUGGUGGUUGUGUAAUGUUCAUGCAACAUAAUGUUAUUUGCAUUUAUUAUAAUAUUGUUUUAAA